CUUGCAGGAUUCGGGUGAAAGAUCCAAAGGAAUCAGUCAAAUUCUAUGAACACCUCGGCAUGAAAAUGAUCAAAAAGAUUGAGCAACCAGAAGCUAAAUUCGACCUGUACUUCAUGGGCUACGACUCUCCGAAAGCUCUCUCUCAUGGGAACGGCUUCAGCGAUCGCGAAGGUCUCAUCGAGCUGACACAUAACUACGGAACCGAGAACGACCCCGAUUACAAAGUGACAACUGGCAAUGCUGAGCCGUACAAGGGAUUUGGACAUACCUGCAUCUCGGUUGAUAAUAUCCAAGCCGCAUGUCAACGAAUCGAGGAUGCAGGAUAUAAGUUCCAGAAGAAGCUUACAGAUGGCCGUAUGCGGAGCAUAGCCUUUGUUCUUGAUCCCGAUGGAUACUGGGUUGAGGUAAUUGGCCAGAAUCCAGUUGACAAGACAGAGGGCAUCACAACCACCGAUGUGGGCACGUACAGAAUGAACCAUACCAUGAUCCGGGUCAAGGACCACGAGAAGUCCCUCAAGUUCUACCAAGACGUCUUCGGCAUGACUCUAUUUCGAACAAGUGAGAAUGCUGAUGCAAAAUUCAACCUCUACUUCCUUGGCUAUCCUGGCGAGAAGGGCAUUUCUACAACAUCUGCGAAUGGCGUCAACCCGACAGCUGAGCGCGAGGGUCUUUUGGAGUUGACAUGGAAUUAUGGUACUGAGAAGGAUGCCAACUUCACGUAUCAUAAUGGAAAUGAUCAACCACAAGGAUUUGGUCAUAUCUGUGUUUCUGUUGAUGACCUUGAUGCAGCAUGCAAGCGCUUCGAAGACUUGGGAGUCAACUGGAAGAAGCGCCUCACAGAUGGCCGUAUGAAGAACGUAGCAUUUGUCCUUGACCCAGACAACUACUGGAUUGAGGUCAUUCAGAACGAGAAACUGAAGAACCGAGCAAACUGGUAGAGGGUCGGAGGGACAGCACACAUAUCAUGACGAGGUUGGCAAUUGACCUGCAACUUGUCAAGUACAAUAAAAUAAUAGUCUGACACUCACACUUCAUAUUUCUUUUUCUACUCAUGUGAUGGCCUGCUUAC